ACCGUUUGAAUGUCGGAAAGGCGAAUCGAAAUCAAAGGAUGUGAAUCGAAUGAAAUCCUGUAAAAGAUAACCCGCGAAUCGGUUGAGGAUAUAGCCAGGUCAAAAGGGUUUGAGAUCGAAAGAAGUCGUUUGGUGCUCGGAACAAAGAAAAGGCUGAAGAAAAACACACCGCCACGUUCAACGGAAAUCAGUUUUCGCGACCUAUGUGUACCACCCCCUCUGCCCGAGUUUUCCAGCACAUUUCGUGUGCAUAUACUAGAAAGGAAAGAAAAAAAGUGAUGUGAGCAGAGUACCGCGACCCGACGCCACUGACACAAAUUCCUAUUUUUAACUUCCCUGGGGCCAAAAAUCCCCAUCGACGCGGAAUCGAAAUCAACUUCGAUCCGAUUCGCCAGUCGUAUGCAAAUUGUGCUGAAAUUAAGGCGAGAAAAGGCUGCGGAAAUCCCUUCCAGUUAACAAUUUAAAGUUAUUUCGCCUGUGGCUUCCAAACCGUUUGACAAUCGCAAUCGCCUCUCUCUCUCUCGAUUGCUCUCUCUCCCACUCCCUCUCUCUAUCGCUGUUGUGCUAUCUUUCUCGCACAUUUGGUAACGGUGUUUUUAUGUCAGUGUCAAAAUCGAAUACCGUCUGACCCGAUGGUUAAAAUAGUUAAGCAAAGUGUAUUGCCAAUGUCAGUGUUAAUCAAACAGCAAAGUGCAACAAUAAAGCUCUCAAAAUCCUGCCAAAAGAAAGAAGUUAAUAGUUAAUAAUUUUGUAUAUGCCUGAUCAACCGAAUCGUAGCGCUUUUAUAGUCUUUUUAUAACUCCAAAACCAGUUGGUUUCAUAAAGUGUUAAGUGCUGCGAAACGCAGGUAUUGCUUCGAAUAAGUACAAACCAACGAAAAAUCCAACUUAAAACUCACCGCAACCGUAUAGGAAUAAGAAGCAGUCGUGGAAUACGGAUACGUAAUCAUUGCCAGCUCAACGCCUUGCCAGCCACCGUCACCAUCACCUCCAUUUCCACCACCACAACCACCAACGCCACCAUCACCAUCUUCAUCAGCAUCGCACCAUCUGGUGGUGCUGGUGGUGCUGUUGUCCUUGCACAGGAUCGUCGGAAACAUCGCCAAGAUAUCUUCGUUCGAGGAAGACUACCGGGCUGACAGGCCCAUGGUGCAGCGCGCCUCUUCCUCGGAUGCACCCUCCGUUCAGGGUGGCCAACAUCGAGAGUCUCGAUUUGGCCUUGGAUACCCCUCCUACCAGAGUGGAUACAACAAGCUAUUCACACAGGGUUCUGCCGACUCGAACUACUCACAACCGUCAUCCGAUCUGUCGCUAGACGAGGAAAAGGAAUCGCUUCGGCGAGAAAAGGAACGUCAGGCCUUAAGCCAGUUGGAUAAAGCGAGGAGCAAACCAGUGGCGUUCGCUGUGCGAACCAACGUAGCAUACGAUGGCGCCAUCGACGACGAUUCGCCGGUGCAGGGCGGAGCAGUUUCGUUCGAGAUCCGGGAGUUCCUGCACAUCAAAGAGAAGUACGACAAUAACUGGUGGAUCGGCCGGCUGGUCAAGGAGGGCUGUGAUGUGGGCUUCAUACCCAGCCCCGCUAAGCUAGACAACAUUCGCAUGCAGAACCAAACCAGACCCUCAAGACUGUAUGGCACAAAGGGCUCGUCGAGCGGGAAUCUUGGUGCGGGCGGACAAGCAGGUGCGGAGCCAUCUCGAGGUAGCACACCCCCCACACCUGGUGACGAAUCAGAUUCCAUGGGACCAGGACGACACGGCAAGGCGCAGGCGGCGGCGGCCAACAAGGAGAAGCGCAAGCCGUUCUUCAAGAAACAGGAGACGGCCAGUCCCUACGACGUGGUGCCCUCGAUGCGACCCGUUGUCCUGGUGGGGCCCAGUUUGAAGGGCUACGAGGUGACCGACAUGAUGCAGAAGGCCCUCUUUGACUUCCUCAAGCACCGCUUCGAGGGCCGCAUCAUCAUCACCCGGGUGAUGGCCGACAUCUCGCUGGCCAAGCGCUCCAUCAUGAACAAUCCCUCGAAGCGGGCCAUCAUGGAGCGUUCCUCCAGCCGGAGCGACUGCCUCGGCAAGGUGCAGGAGGAGAUCGAGCGCAUCUUCGAGCUGGCCCGCUCGCUCCAGCUGGUCGUGCUCGAUUGUGAUACAAUCAAUCAUCCGUCACAACUAGCGAAAACUUCAUUAGCGCCAACAAUAGUGUACUUAAAGAUUAGUAGUAGUAAGGUUUUACAGCGUUUGAUCAAAUCACGUGGCAAGUCGCAGGCGAAAAACCUCUCCGUUCAAAUGGUUGCCGCCGAGAAGCUAGCCCAAUGUCCACCGGAUAUGUUCGAUGUAAUCCUAGACGAGAAUCAGCUGGAAGACGCCUGCGAGCACAUUGCCGAGUACUUGGAGACGUACUGGAAGGCCACCCACCCGGACAUUCGAGCCGUGCCGCCCAUCGCCCGCCCCCUGCCGCAGGAGGCCUCGCCCUCCGCAGAUCCCGCGCGUCUGGGACCGACGCCACCAGUAGAUGGCGAGGAGUUUGUCGAUGAGCAGGAUCCCAGGAUGGGCAUGUCCGGCGGAGAUCGCGAGGGAAGUCGGGAGCGAGACCGCGAUAGCAGGGAGAGGGAGAGGGAGCGCGAACGGGAGCGGGAUUACUGGGAUCGGGAGUUCAACAGAGAUCGCAGCUCCAAGGAUCGCGAAAGGGACCUCGAGUGGGAGCGGGAGCGGGCUCGCGAGUGGGAGAGAGAGCGGGAACGAGAUUGGGAUAGGGAGUUCGAUUGGGACCAAGGAGGAACCUCUUACCAGCACAGCCGCCGACAACCGACCUCGGUUCGCCACCAGGAGCGUGGCGGAGGAGUGGGCGCAGGCGGCGGUGGCGGCGGCGGUGGCUACGAGCGGGACCGCGAACGGGAGCGGUACGAGCGUCGCGAGCGGGACCUCAUGCACUACGAUCUGAAUAGCGACGAGCUGCUGGACGAGCGCAACUUUGAGUAUCCGGCAAUGAGGAGCGGUCCCAGCGGCGCCUCCCACCACGGCCAUCUGUCCAGGGGCGGACGCCUGCUGGAGGAUCCGGACUUUGAGCGCGAGGAGGCACAGAUGCGGAUGAGCAGCUCACGCUACGGACCCUCGACCAGGAUCGACGAUCCACGGGAUCUGCCGCGUGGCGCCACCGUUGUCGAUCGCGAUGAAUACAGUCCGCACAGAGGUGGUGGGAGUAGUAGGAGAAUGCUUAAUGCCAUGUCCAGACCGUUGGGCCUGCCGCGCCAGUCGUCCCUGCCCAGCAAUCGAGCACCCGUGUCCUACCUGCCACGCCAGUCCUCCCUGGGCACACACUGGCACACCAGCCAGUCGCGUUCCCAGCCCCAAUCCCACUCGCAAUCCCACUCGCAAUCCCACUCCCAAUCCCACUCUCAGUAUCGCUACUCCGUGCAGGACACAUCGUUUGCCCACCCACCAAGAUCCCUGCGCGAGGAGUUCCUCAGUCCCACCAUGAGCAAGGUCGAAGCUGUCACCCACGCCAUUCGCAACAAGAUCAUCGUGGAGGAGGACGAAGAGGAUAUCCUGGGCACGGAUCGGUUCUAUUAAAGAGAUUUCAGUCGCCACCCCGCGUCGAUUUUGGUUUGGGUAACCUUUUUGCGGGCGGGAAUGCAAGUGCAGCAGUGCCAAAACACACGACACAUUUGUAAAUGUUCCAUUCGAUGAUCAGAUCAAUUUGAAAGCCACACAGAUACAGAUAAAGAUACAGAUACAGAUACAAAUACACACACACACACAAAGUAGCUGGUUAAAGUUAAAGUUAGCUGGUGAGCGUUAAAGUGGCGGUUAAAGCGAACGUUAAAGCAAACCAAAGGAAGCAGCCCAAUGCCAAGUGGGGCCUUAUGUGUCUUAAAUGCUAUAGCUAAGUGUAAUCAGAUUUUAUUUGAGUAAUGUGAAUUUAAAUUAAAUGGUCUAAGCCUAAGAUUUAAGCUAGUCGACAGUGGAAAAUUAAAAGUUGAAGAAAGGGAGUCCAAAAACCAGCCAACAGCAAUUGUUGGGUCUCGUAUUUGUUAUGCAAUCGAUUGACUAAGUACAUGAAUAAGUGUCAGCUUUAAUAAUUUAGUGAACGUGUCUUAAUCUAAGUCGAGCCACACAAACACAUCCACACACCCAUACACUUGACACACACACACAUACACAAACACACCUAUACACUCUCAAUUGACUGUGAACCGAUUGAAAUCUCUUUAAUCUCAAACCGAUACCCAUUUCUCGCACCAGCCCUUUUCCUCCUCUACGCAGAAUGGAAUUCCAUUAACUCGCAAUUUACACGUACAGUGCGUUUCAAAGCCAUAUAAUCAUGAGUUUUGAUACAUUUAUAUAUCCACCUAAAGUACGUUAAACUUAAUGGAUUUAAUCGAUAUUUUUACGGCUACUCGUUAGUUUAUUUCAUUUUGAUAAGAUAUCGCUUGAAGUUUGAAACUGUUGAAUCCUUAAUUCACUCUUAGCACUAAAUAUAUACUAUCAAUUUAUAAGUUGUUAAAUAUUUGUAGUAGAGAUCUUGAAUGAAACGCAUUGUACAGCAGCCAUGUACAUGUACACGAUUUCCACUUCCAACAGCAAUACUUUCGACCUAGUUACCUUGCCACACCAUAUCAUGCCACACACCUGCCAAAGCGCACGGUUCGCGAUCUCAGUUCGAAAUUCCAGUUGGACUGGACUGGAGACCGCGAACGGGCCUGCAACCUGGAUAAGGAUCGAAAAUAAGGAUCGAAAUAAUCCAGGUUUGGGUAUAGCGAUUUAAACUACCAGUGCCUUAAAAAACCAUCAAAUCGAGUUACACAAACGCACUCCACCCCCAGAAUAAAUUCUGCAUUUCCGCCGCCCCAUUAGAUCAUUAUUACUCGUACUUUACCAAUCGCUAAAGUCGAAUGCGUCAAAAUUAUUGUUCAAGUUUUUGAAAUGUACACGUAGUGCUGAGACGAUAGUCGUUGAUCUGGCCCAUUCCGAACGAGCACUCCUUUUACAAUUCCAACCACCAUGCUAAAUUUGUCGAUCAGUCGAUCAGUUGUCGAACUGAGCUAGCGCCCAACAAUGAUGAACCGCACUGCAUUCAAAUCGAUCGCCACCUCGAACCUCGAGUAAGAGUUGAUGUCUAGCUAGUCAUUUUGAUCUGUAAGCACACCCACAGAACCCAUCCUACUGUCCAAGGACUACAGCUGAAGCCCGAAGCACGGGCUCAGAGUUUACAGACAGAUCGGGGCAAAAAUCUAGAAACUUUUUUAUAUAAGAGAUACAAGGUGAUAUAACUAAUUUUCAGAAAGCAAAUUUGAACAGCGCACGACAGAUACACGACAGCUACCUAAUUGAAAUUGUUGGCCACAUUCAGCAGGGGGAGGGAUUGGGAUCAUUGGAGGUCAGUGGGGUGAAGUCCUCCCUUCCCUUAGAGAAUUGAGAUGGCGUUGGCCAAGGCACUGGAGGCGCUUUAAUGAGGAACAAAUUGAAAUUAAAAUAUAUAGCGGCAAACGAAAGCAGCAAACGAUACACAAGCACUUCUUGUAAAAAGUGGCAAAGCAAAAUGAUCUAUGUAUUAGCUAAACCUAAAUGAAAUAUUACUUUUUAAUACUAGCAUAAAGUUAAAAACAAAAAACAAAAACUAGAUACGAUCCUUUGCAGCUAAGAAGGGGACAAACGGAAUACUUAAGUUUAAAUGGUCAGUUGAUGAGGAGUGUGUACGUUAGAAUAUUGCACAUAAUUCACAGAACUGGUAAUUCAAUAUAUUAUAAUGGUAUAUAUUAAAAAAGAUACACACAUUUAUGGAGCUGCAUAUAUAAGUAUGCAUGUUCUUAACAUAAUUAACAAAAUUUAAACCGAUACAGAUACAUCAGCCGGCAUUUUGUAAGCGUGAAACCCAAAAACUAAUUAAAAUAAUAUGGAUUAAAAGAAUAACUGAUUAUCCCAGAUAUUGUUAGAUACUUUCUGGUAACGGAAAGGUGAACUUUGCCAUGAAAAUUUCAUCUGAUCUGAUAGGAAUAUGUUGAAGAUAUUUUGUAAGAUGCCUUAAAUUUCUCAACUCAAGUUCUCUGAAAGUUUUCGAAAACUAAACUUGAUAAAUUCAUAUAUUCCAUUACAUAAACUUCUAGCAGACGGACAAAAGUCUGCAAGGAAAACAAGCUGGUUUGCUUCAAAAGUAUAGCAAUUUUUUUGUAAUAAUAAACUCUUAUUUCCGAUUCUAAAAACAAAAAACCAAGCAAUUUCAAUUCGUUGACACUCUUGAAAACUAUAAAAAAACACACACACACAGAUGCAAACAAGUUUUAUAGCAAGCAUACUGAAACUUUAAAGAUACGCCUAUAUAUAAUUAAAUUUAGCGGUAAUAACUUCUCUACUUUUCAAGCCACUUAAAUAAGAAAAGCAAACCUUAUUUUUUUAGCCUAAAUACCUUAUUGAACUGGAAAAUAGAAGGUGGAAAGAUUGACAAGAGCACGCAUGAAAUUUCCGUAAUCAAUAUAUUAUUAACCAAAGAUCCCCACACCGAAUAACCUGGAAAAAUAAAAAAGAACUAUUGGUGGAAAUAUCAACACCGCUCCCAAUUUAUAUAGAAUAUUUUAUACAUACAAAACAUAUACAUAUUGUAAAAAAUGAGAAAACAGUAACUAAAAUCCAAUCAGCAAUUUUCAAAAAUUGUAUGUAAAUAGUUAAUGAUAUUUCAAUUUGUUACCUAAUUAUUUUGUUAUCAACUUUGUAAGAUUCCUUUAAUUUAAUGUUAAGGAUGAAUACCUGCCAUCACCUUAACGCAAUUUUGUUGUUUUCGUUUUCAUUUUCCGCAUUCAAAUGUUGUUCACAUUAUGUUUUUGGAAAAUACGUAGUUAAAUGAAAGCUAAAUUGCAAAUAAAAGCAAAUACAAUAAAAAUAUUAAAAAUAAA